AUGCAAAAUCAAAAUGUUACAAAUGAGAAGACAGCUGAAGGAAAUAAUCUAACAUCGACAACGAUUGGACAACAACAAUUAAUUCAUCCACUUUUAAUGCCUUCUUUAAAUGUCUCUUCACAAAAGAUUUCGGCUAUGUUAGCUGCAUUAACUCCAUCAUCCACUGUACAUACUUCAACAUCACCAGUGAAUACUAUGGCAAUGCAUCAAUCGGUAUCAACUUCUCUUGCAACAUCGAACAACAAUAUAAUGAACUCACGAACGAUCAAUUCAACUGCAAAUAUACGUUCAAAUGGAUCCAGUUUUGGAUGGGGAAAUCGAGAACGUAAAAUGGAAGAAAAUUGGCGUAUGCAAAAUCGAAAUAUUUAA